CAUCAUUUAAAUCGUCGUAUCAGUAUUCUACGACGAGUGAUUGAAAAGAGAAAAAAAAAAAAAUUGUCAUUUAAACUGCCUUUGCAAUCUCAAUUUUUCUUUUACACUGCACUUUAUUAAAGCGUGCCUGUCAGUUAUUUUUAUUACUAAAUUAAUCGUAAGUUUUAAAGUUUGCUAAUUCAAUUCCUCUGUUUACAACUGCUUUAGAGUGAAUUUGCAUUAUCUUUAGUUUUUUUCAUUUAGACAAAUUAUUACGUUUUUUGGUUGUCUUCAUUUGCACGAUGUCUUCCAUUAAGUGGUUACCUCUGGAAUCUAAUCCAGAAGUAAUGAACAAUUUCUUGGAAAAUUUAGGAGUCCCACCUUCUUAUGGGAUAUCGGAUAUCUUCUCGCUGGAUGAUGAAAUGUUGCAAAUGGUUCCAAGCCCUGUUCUUGCUGUGUUGCUGUUAUUCCCUGUUUCCGAAAAAUAUGAAGAGUAUUGUAAAAAGCAGGAAGAAAUUGCCAAAUCUGGAGACCAGAAAUAUGAUUCAGAUUUAUAUUUCAUGUAUCAGACCAUUAAGAAUGCAUGUGGAACAGUGGCUUUGAUCCAUGCUGUUGCUAACUGCGCUGACAAAUUAGAUUUGAAGCCCGAUUCUGUUAUAAAGAAGUUUAUUGAUGAGACUAAAUCUUUAUCACCCAAAGAGAAAGCUGAAGUCUUAGAAAAUAGUGAACAAAUCAGCACAGCACAUGAAUCUAGUGCUGAACAAGGGCAAACGGAAACGCCUAAUCUGGAUGAUAAAUGCAAUCUUCAUUUCAUAGCUUUAGUUCAAGUCAAUUCAAAGUUAUAUGAAUUAGACGGCCGAAAGGCAAAUCCAGUUCUCCAUGGAACAACAUCACCUGAGACUUUUCUCAAAGAUGCUGCUAAAGUCUGCAAGGAUUAUAUGGCCCGAGAUCCUGAAAACGUGAACUUUACAGCUUUGGCAUUUGGUGCUUUGUAAGAAGGGUAAAAAAAAAAAAAAGGCCUUAUUGAUGUAGUUGUGAUUUUUUUUUUGUGAGCUAUAUAUUUUUAUUUAAUGUAUCAUAUUUUCAUAAACUAAAUUUUGAAAAUAAUUACUGUAAUCUUUUUAUGACAAACUUAAUCAAAAUUUUGAUAAAAUUGCAUUCAAUAUAUUUGAAUCAUGUUCUUGGAUAUUUAGAAGUAUUUAAAAAAGCUUAAAUAUGACUGGUGAAUUAAUUGCUAUGUAUCUCAUGAUGAAAUAACAUAUUAUUUAUGAAAUUCUGAUUUCUAAAAAUGUAGUUGUGUAUUGUUCUGAAGAAAAUAAUAUUUACUGAUGAAGACCAUUCUGGAUGAAUCUCUAUUUCUUUCUCUUUACUUUCAUUUAAGACUAAAAAAAAUAUAAUUUGCUUGCUGUUUUGUUCAGUUAUCUAGUUUGACUUUUUUUAAUUUGAUUUUAUUGUGUGUUUGGCAUCUUAUUAUAUUUGCUUCGUUUUGUUAUAAUAUAUUUCGGAUUUCUUUACAUUGGAAUUACAGUAUUGGUGUUUUUUUUUAUUAUUUAUUUGCAUGUGUAUAAAUGAAUUAAGAUGCUUUUCUAAGUUCUCAUUCAGUACAAAGUACUGGAUAGUAGUAAUAAAUAAAAUAUUUUAAAUUUAUUAAUAAAUAUUUUGAUUAUUUUUAUAAAUAUUUAGUAACUCUUUUUACAUUUUAAUAC